CUCAACCCUUGUCACCAAGUGGCCCCUCCUCAGUCCCCGGCCCACCAGUUGGCACUGACACACUCCAGCUGUUUACCAUGGGUGUUUACGAGAACCCCAACACCCCCCACCCCUUAUCUCCGCCAUCUCAAUAAUAUGUCUACGUGGGUUAUAUUCAGUUAUCCUCAGUGUGACAACACUGUCCCAGGUUACAGGCGGUCAUGUCAUAAGACGUGAAGUGUCUCACGGGCUAAUGCCCUGAGCAAGGAGCAACUCAUCUUCCACAUCUCGUCACUGGAGUCAGCUUUCUUAAAAUAGGCUGACAGAGAGUAUAAGGGGAGGCACACGCACCAGGUCUCCAGACUAACCUCCACUGUUAAUACAGGAGAGACCACUGAGCAGCGAGAGAGACUAACUAAUCUUUAAACAGCGCUACCUCUGACUCCUCAUAGACUCUAGCAAAUCUGAUCUGUAUUUACUACUUAAAGGAAAGAGGUUACCUUUUUUGUAAGACUCUUAAACUAAGAGCAUGAUGAAGUACUAUCAGUGCCCGGUGCCCCAGACUAUGGGAAUGAAGACCUAUGCAGACAAAUGCGGAGUCCCACUCAACUGCAAGAGUUCCGCUUCGUUGAAGCCCAUCCGCAGUGUCCACUUCCCCAAUGACAUUCUCUUCCAGGACUACGUGAGACAGGGUGAGCUGGAGAGGAUUGGACUAUUCAUGCGGGCCAAGAGAGUCACUCUGGACACCAUGUACACCUCAGGUAUGGCAGCCAUUCAUGAGGCCGUCCUGUCUGGCAACCUGGAGUGUGUGAAGCUGCUGAUCCAGUAUGGAGCAGAUAUCCACCAGAGAGAUGAAGAAGGAUGGACACCGCUGCACAUGGCCUGCAGUGACGGAUUCCCACAGAUUGCACGCACAUACAUGGUAAAGAUGGACUUCUCAGCUCGGUUACCUGCACAGAACUACCUUCUGUCACUGGGUGCUGACCCAGAGCUGGAGAACGAAUGCGGGGAGAGACCCCGUGACCUAAUCGACCCAGAAAACAAGGAGCUGCUGGAGCUCUUCGGCGUGGCUGUCAAUGACUGAUCACGAUUGGCUCUUUACGCCAUAGACUUUUGUCUGAUGCCUAUAAUAUAGCAGUGCUCUGCAGCAAUGGACAGAAAAGGCCUCAUGAUGGCUGAGCUGUCGGGUUUUCCUAAGCUCUCGGAGUCCAGGAGCUUUGGGACUGUGGAUAUCAGGCGAAGGCAGGACUGACAGAGAUUGAGUCCUGCUGGUUGCCUCCCAUGCGGAGUGAAGUUUUGGUGGUGCGAGGUUCAGCCUCUGAUGACUGUAUGAGUCUAGUAAAGAGCUUUAGAUCCUUGAAAUGCUGCAGCGAAGCAAAUCAAUCAUUUGACGUGGUGGUGUUGUUGGUUUGGUAUGGCAUGGGCUUGGAUGGAGGAGAGCUUGAAUGUUGCGAAACCCGACGCUGUUGUUGCUCUUCAGCUCAUUUGCACCUCCGUCACGCACUGUGAUGCUAAGUUUAGAAAAGCCAAACUGUCUUGUUUUCAACAUUUGUUGACCAGAAAGCUGGCAAGUGAUUUUAUUGUCUUUGUUUGUUGAUAAAUUUGACUUGUUUUGUGUCAAUUCUAUUGUUUUUAAGCAGAGUUUUAUACUUCAUGAAUGAGUGAUGUGAGUAUUCUGCUUCUUGGUUAUGUUUAAAAGAAUAAAGAACAGAACAAGUGCUGCUAGUACUAAUCACAAAAGCCUUAUUUAUUCUCAGUUUUAUUUUAAUUAUGAAACCAAGCUCUGUCUUGCUAUGGAAACCUCCACCUCACAGGUUCUUAGUGUCCUACACCUCAAACUUUCUGGCUUUGUGCAAGAUUAUUAAAUUCAAAUUCAAACUAAUGUCGUGCAUUCAGUUAGCUUGGAUACUAAUGUGUAAAAUGAUUUGGAAAUAAAUUAUUCAACUGACUUUACAUGACGUUUUCACACAGACGUUUUGCACAGGCACCUCUUAAAGUUAAUGAAAAAGUCCAGUUCAAGAUAUUUUUUAUUGUAUCAGAAGGACAAGUACAAAACCAUUAUUCACAUUUAUAUGAACACAAUAUAUACAGCAGAGACAGAAGGGACAC